AUGUCUCCACCAGCACUCCCCUUCGAGCAAACUCUCGCAACCAUCUCGCGUUUGGUUACUGAUCCUCGAUUGUCGAAGCCACGCAUCGGGAUCGUGUGUGGAUCUGGUCUCAGCACCCUUGUCUCGAGCUUGAAGGAUGUAGUGCAGGUUCCGUACUCGCAGCUCGAGGGUUUCGGGGAAAGCACAGUUGUUGGCCAAAAGAGCAUGCUAGCAUUCGGACUGAUGGGCAAGGAUAAUGUGCCUGUCGUCGCGAUGCUUGGGCGGUUCCACCCGUAUGAGGGCCACAAGCCGGUAGUCGUGACAUAUGGUAUCAGAGUCAUGAAGAGAUUGGGCGUCAUGGAUGUCAUCAUAACAAACGCUGCCGGGUCAUUAACACCAGAGAUACCCGUUGGAACAAUUGUCGUUAUCCGCGACCACCUCGCCCUCCCCAACCUCACAGGAAUGAACCCCUCGUUCGGACCACUCAUGUCCCCAGAAUAUGCCCGAUUUAUUCCUCUGGGUGACGCAUACUCCCCUCGUCUACGACGCCUUGCCUUCCUCGCCUCCCACUAUCUUAACUUUGACUCUUCUGCACUGGCAGAAGGAACCUAUGCCUGGGUAGCGGGUCCUGCAUAUGAAACCCCUGCCGAGGGCCGUUUCCUGCGCAAUGCAGGUGCGCACGUAGUCGGUAUGAGCACGAUACCCGAAGUAGUGGCUGCGCGAGAAGAGCGGCUCGAGGUCAUGGUGCUCAGCCUCGUUACCAACCAGGUUGUCAUUCCCGAUACCUACCGGAGUAUCAAGGCGGAAGUUGAAGCUGAGCUUGCUGGUCAGCACGUCGAACUUCCUUCCAUUGGGACGGCGUCGCACGAAGAAGCAGAGGUGAUGAGGAGUCUCGUCGAGCGCAUCGUCGAGCUAGUCCCGGCAAACUCAUGA